UGGUUUGUUCUUGACAAAUUCAUGUUGACUGUUACUUAUUACCUUAUUUUCUUCUAGGUGCUUACAAAUUGAGUGUGUGUUUGCUCCAUUAUCUUUCUGGGUCCUGAAGUUAAGCUGACCGGUCUAUAAUUCCCUGGGUUGCCCUUAUUCCCCUUUCUAUAGAUAGGUACCGUAUUUGCCCUUUUCCAGGCCUUGGGUGUCUCUCCCAUUCUCCAUGAGUUCUCUGAGAUAAUUGCUAACGGCUCAGAGAUCUCUUCAGCCAGUUCCUUAGGUAUUCUAGACGGAUUCCAUCAGACCCUGCUGACCCGAAGACAUCUAACUUAAUUCCCAACUUGUUCUUUCCCUAUUUUAGCACAGAUUCUGCCCCAUUUACACUGAUGUUCACCAUGUUAGACAUCCAGUCACCGCUAACCUGUUUGGUGAAACCUGAAACAAAAAGGGCAUUUAACCCUUUGGCCAUUGCUGCGUUUUUUUGUUAUUGUCUUUCCCUCUUCAUUGAGUAACGCGCCUACCCUGUCCUUGGGCUUCCUUUUGUUUCUAAUGUAUUUGUAAAAUGUUUUCUUAUUACCCUUUAUGGCCCUAGCUAAUUGAAUCUUGUUUAGUGCCUUGGCCUUUGUCACUUUAGUCCCUACAUACUCUCAUUCUUCGUAAAUUGACCUAGUAAGACACAUGUACCUUUAGUCAUAGUACUGAUUAUAUAAAAACUAACAAUAUGUUUCAUUCCAAGAACAAUUGUUAACCAGUUAACUCUGGGAAACUUUCCCGGGAGAGUGCAUCAGCCACUUUGUUAGAAGCUCCCGAAAUGUGUUGUAUUUCAAAAUCAAAAUCUUGGAGAGCCAAACUCCACCGAAGAAGUUUUUUGUUAUUCCCCUUGGCGGUAUGAAGCCACUGUAGCGCAGCAUGGUCUGUUUGUAGUUGGAAACGCCGUUCCCAAACAUAUGGGCGUAGCUUUUCCAGCGCGUACACAAUGGCGUAGCAUUCCUUUUCGCUGAUUGACCAGUGGCUUUCCCUCUCAGACAGUUUCUUGCUGAGAAACACGACAGGAUGGAAUUCUUGAUCUGGUCCUUCCUGCAUUAAAACUGCUCCCACGCCUUGCUCAGACGCAUCUGUGGUUACUAGGAACAGUUUGUCAAAGUCUGGGGCCCUUAGCACAGGGUCAGACAUGAGUGUUGCCUUAAGCUGGUUAAAGGCCUUUUGACACUCAUCAGUCCACUGAACUGCAUUUGGAUGUUUCUUUCUGGUUAGGUCUGUCAGCGGGGCGGCGAUUUGGCUGUAGUGGGGUACAAAUCGCCUAUAAUAUACAGCCAAGCCUAAGAAGGAUUGGACCUAUUUCUUAGACUUUGGAACCGGCCACUUUUGGAUAGCAUCCACUUUGGCCUGUAGGGGAUUUAUAGUUCCUUGACCCACUUUUUGUAUGACUCUUUGUUGCGUUUCAGGUCUUUGAAGAUCUGGUUAAGCCAGGGUGGUCACUUACCAUACUUCCUUCUCUCCUGAGCCUGGGGAUGGUUUGCUCUUAAUAAUAUCUCUUUAAAAAACUGUCAACUCCCCUGCACUUGUUUCCCUUAGACUUGCUUCUCAUGGGCUCUGACCUGCCAUUUCUCUGAGUUUGCUAAUGCCCGCCUUCUUGAAGUCCAUUGUUUUUUUUAUUCUGCUGUUUUCCCUGCUACUAUUCCUUAGAACCAUGAACUCCAUCUUUUCAUGAUCACAUUGACCCAAUCUGCCUUCCACCUUCAAAUUCUCAACCAGUUCCACCCUGUUUGUCUGAAUCCACUCUAGGACAGCCUCUCCUCUAGUCGCUCUCUCCACCUUCUGCAGUAAAAGUCGUCUCCAAUGCAGUCCAAGAACUUGUUGGAAAAUUUGUGACCUGCUGUACUUUCCCAACAGCUGUCUGUGUAGGUGAAGUCACCCAUCACCGCUAAGGUCUGGUCUACACAACAGCCUUCUAGUGGUAUAAUUUCAUCGCUCAGGGGUGUGAAAAAUCCACACCUCUGAGCCACGUAGUUACACCAACCUAACCCGCCGUCUACACAGCACUAUGGCAGAAGGAGAGCUUCUCCCGUCGACAUAGUUACCCCCUUUUGGGGAGGUGGAAUAACUACGCCGAAGGAAGAGCUCUUUCCUAUCAUCUUAGAGUGUCUUCAAGUGCUACACCGGUGCAGCGUUUUAAGUGGACGUUUGCCCUAAGGCUUGUGUUUGGGAUCAUUUUGUUAGUUGUUUAAAAAAACCCUCAUCCACCAAUUGAUGGUCCCUCGUAGACCCCUACCAUGACCUUACCUUUAUAUUUUACUCCCUUUAUCCUUUCCCAGAGCCUUUCAGCAGUCUGCCUCCCUUCUCGUUCAAUCUCCGAGUAAGUGUAUACAUCUUGGAUAUUCAAGGCAACCCCUCCUCCCUUUGUUCCCCUACCUGUCCUUCCUGAACAAGCUGGACCCAUCUAUACCACUAGUCCAGUCAUGUCAAUUGUCCCACCAAGUCACUGUGAUGUCAGUGAUGCCCUAAGUGUGAUUAUUCACAAAUAGUUUUAGUUCUUCCUGUUUAUUCUCCAUACUUCUAGCAUUAGUAUACAGCCAUCCAAGAACCCAGGAGUCUCGACUCCCAGCCCUCCUGAUCUAACCUACUAGAGCCAGAGCUGGGGAGCCCUUGAGCAACAGAAGAUGAGGGGCUGAAGCUCUGCUCCUAGUCUCCAGCUGGUUUCUGCUGUUCCAUGAACCCCCAGGGGCUGUGGAUGAAAAGUUCAGGAUUGACUCAGGUUUCAGGGGCCAGGCUUAUGCAAUGCCUCAGACCGCCACCAGGGGCUGCUGCAGCGAGUACACAGCCCCCCCUAGUGGCGCAUUUGGGGCCAGCCCUGACUGGGAGGGGAGAGCGCCCCCUACUGCGCCCCCCGCCCCCGUUCCUCGCCGCUCGGCACGGCGCCCCCUUAGCACGGAACUGGGGCCAGCCCGGACUGUGAGGCCCCCUCCUGCGCCCUCACCCCGCUCCUACCCAGAUCCAGUGACCCUGCAGCGCGUAGGGGCUGGGGGUGCAAGUAGCCCCGGGUUUCAGGACACGUGUUAAUGCCCCUGGCUCUCCUCUCAGCUGGGCUGGGGGCAAUCGCACCCCCUCCCCAUGGGGCGAUUCCUAGGCGAGAUCAGGAACUAUUGCAAGGAGGGGACGGAAUAAGGCAGGGACCUUCCUGUUCCCAGCAAUCCCCCCGGCUUGUGUUGUGUUGUGUGUGUGCGCCUGGCAGCUGGGAGGGGAGCGCACAAAGAGACCCGCCGCCGGCCACUGCUGCCGCGGGGCCGCGUCUCCGGCUGCAGCCCCGGCCCCGGGAGGGGAUCGCUCCGGCCGGGCGCUGAGCGGGGGCGAGGAACAGCAGCCGAGGCAGGAAAUCGCUGCCCGGAGGCAGCGGCCGCGCUCGCUCCACAUGACUGGGAUCAUGCCUGGCCCUGCACCAGGGUUCCCCGACCCGGCCGGGAUCUCCCGGCUGGAGCGAGGGGAAGAGCCCAGGGUCCCGGAUCUCCAGGGCUCCGAGGAAAGGGAGAUCCUGAGAGGUGCCCGCGCAGCAUGUGCCAGGACGGAGGAGAAUCUCCAGCGGGAAGGGCCUGCAGGAACGGAGUCUUACGGCAGCCCCAAGCAGGGGGAGGGCCGGCCCGACUGGGAGACAGUGUGCGAGAGCCCCCUGCAGGAGAUCCUGGUGCACCAGCGCACCCACAUGGGUGAGAAGCCCUACAAAUGCCCCGAGUGCGGGAAGAGCUUCCACCAGAGCUCCCACCUCAUCCGGCACCAGCGCAUCCACACCGGGGAGCGCCCCUACAAAUGCGGCGAGUGCGGCAAGGCCUUCAGCCAGAGCUCGCUGCUGACCCGCCACCAGCGCACCCACACCGGGGAGAGACCCUACAAAUGCCCCGACUGCGGGAAGAGCUUCAGCCGCGGCUCCAACCUCAGCCAGCACCAGCGCAUCCACACCGGGGAGCGCCCCUACAAAUGCACCGAGUGCGGGAAGAGCUUCACGCUCAGCUCCCACCUGAUCCGCCACCAGCGCACGCACACGGGCGAGCGGCCCUACAAAUGCGCCGAGUGCGGCAAGGCCUUCGCCGAGAGCUCCCACCUGCGCCAGCACCGCCGCACCCACCGCUGCGAGCCGCCCUACAAGUGCCCUGAUUGCGGGCGCGCCUUCGCCCUGAGCCUGGACUUCGUGCAGCACGUGCGGGAGCACACGGAGCGCCGCCCCUACCGCUGCGGGGCCUGCGGUCGCUGCUUCCCCCUCAGCUCGGCCCUCUCGCAGCACCGCAAGAGCCACCACCGCCCCCCGGCCGCCCCUAAGGCCCACCCGUGCGGGGUGUGCGGGAAGGUGUUCGGGAAGAGUUCGCACCUGGUGACCCACCGGCGGGUGCACACGGGCGAGAAGCCCUUCGCCUGUGCGGAGUGCGGGCGUGGCUUCAGUCAGAGCGCCGACCUGGCGAAGCACCGGCGCACCCACACCGGCGAGCGGCCCUACUGCUGCCCCGAGUGCGGCAAGAGCUUCAGCGUCUCCUCCACCCUGGUCAAGCACCAGCGCAGCCACAAGGGAGAGCGGCCCUACCCCUGCCCCGAGUGCGGCAAGCGCUUCAGCCAGAGCUCAAACCUCAUGCAGCACCAGCGCAGCCACCGUGGGCACCGGCCCUACCACUGCACUGAGUGCGGCAAGGCCUUCGCCCAGAGCUCGGCCCUCCUGCAGCACCACCGCACGCACACCGGUGAGAAGCCCUUCACCUGCCUGCAGUGUGGCAAAAGUUUUGCCCGCAGCACCCUCCUGAUCCGGCACCAGCGGAUCCACACGGGCGAAAAGCCCUACAAGUGCGGGGAGUGCGGGAAGAGCUUCUACCAGAGCUCCAACCUGGCACAGCACUGGCGCACCCACACCGAGGAGAAACCCUACAGCUGCCCUGACUGCGGGCGCGGUUUCCGCCACAACGCCCACCUGGCGCAGCACCGGCGAACCCACACCGGCGAGCGCCCCUUCCCCUGCGCCCAGUGCGGCAAGGCCUUCAGCCAGCGCUCCAACCUGCUGCAGCACCGGCGCACCCACACCGGCGAGCGCCCCUUUGUCUGCACCCACUGCGGGAAGGGCUUCGGCGACAGCUCCAACCUGCUGCAGCACCUGCGCACCCACACGCCGGAGAGACCCUAUCAGUGCCCCGAGUGCGGGCGCAGCUUCCGCCACGGCAAGCACCUGACCCAGCACCGCUCCCUGCACACGGGCCAGAAAUCCCACUGCUGCCCGGACUGCGGGAAGGGCUUCAACUGGAGCUCCCACCUCGCCCAGCACCGGCGCAUCCACACCGGGGAGCGGCCCUACCAGUGCCCCCAGUGCGGGAAGGCGUUCACCCAGAGAUCCAACCUGCUGCAGCACCAGGCGCUCCAUCGCCCUGCCCAGGACCUGGCUGAGAACUGCAGAUGAGCCAUGUGGCUUAGGGGGCUGGGGUCAGAGGUCAUGCCAGAGAGGAGGGAGACCCGCCUCUCAGCAUGGGAUGCCUGGGGUUAAAGGUCUGACAAUGUCCGACACCCAGGACUCCCCCACAGCAUGGACACGCCAACUAGACCCCACUCGGACGUGCUGCUAGGGAAUGGGGGGUGAAUUAAACAGGCUCCCAGAGGGGAGUUAUUUGCUGGAGAGGAGAGCUGGGGAUUUUAUUAAUAAAGGGUGUAAAGUAA